AUGCGUCCGACACACGGCGACAAGGGGUCAAGAUCUGCCUGGCAGAAAGGACUUCAGGAGCUCUACAGAUCGGAAGCUGCACCAAGCGUUGUCAGUGUCUCCGCGUCUAUCAGCACCGUGGGCAAAGCAGGGAACUGGCCGGCUGCUCUGUGGUUGUUCAGUCAAAUGCGCCAGGCGAGAACACAGGCCAACUACGUCAGCUUUGGGGCAGCCAUCAGCACGGAGAAGAGGUGGCCAGAAGCGCUACAGCUUCUCUCUAGCAUGUUGACAUUCGCUUUGACGCCCAGCACAAUCUGCAUCAAUGCAGCCAUCAGCUCUGUUAAGCUUGGUGACUGGCAAGGUGCCCUAGAGCUGCUCUCCGACAUGCAACUGGGCAGCAUCCGACCUACGACCAUCACCAUGAACGCAGCCUUGAAUGCAUGCGGAAGUGCUGGACAAUGGCCGGCUGUGCUUGACUUGCUCUUACAGGUGCCUGCUGACAAACUGCUCCCAGAUGCAGUUUCUUUCAACACCGCCAUCUCUGCAGCGGGAUGUGCAAGCCUCUGGCAUUUUGCAGUGUACUUGACCCGACGCAUGCAUGCGGCACACGUCUCACCGGACACGAUCAGCAUCAACGCUGCCCUCGGCGCUUCUCAGAAGGCCGGGCGCUGGGAGCAGGUCUUCAGCAUGUUGGCCAGCAUGCCCACACGAAGGCUUUAUCCAGACAUCGUGAGCAGCACGUCUACACUUGGGAGCACACAGGGCGAAGCUUGGCAGGAAACCCUGGGCUUGCUGCUGCACAUGGCACGGGUUGCGAUCUUGUCGAACGUCAUCACCUUCAACGUCAUUGCGACGUCCAUGAGCCUUGCUGGCCAGUGGAAAAUAGUCUUACAGCAACUGCCAGACAUGCGAGCGGUACAAGUUGUACCGGACAGCUCCAGCUUCACAAAUAUCAUGCGCACAUAUUCCGACUGCGGGCUUUGGCAAACAUCCUGCAGGGUGCUUGUGGACCUGGCGGCGGCCAAAGUACCUGUCACGGCAGGCAUGCUGAGUCUUGCGGUGUCUGCAUGUGGGCUCGAUGGCGCAGAUCUCCAGUGGAGGCUUGCUCUACAGCUGCUCUCAGAUCUCACGCAAGGCACAACUAGGGUCGACCUCGCUUGCAUUACAACUGUCAUGGCUUGCUGUGAGAAGGGCUCUCAGUGGCAGAGGGCACUCCACCUCUUCAUGGAACUCCGUGAUUCUUUGGCCAAGCUAAACGAAAUCUGCUUCGGUGCUGCAAUCAGCGCCUGUUCCAAGGGAGGUCUCUGGCAAGUGGCACUUCAACACCUCAGCAACAUGGCUGGUGCUCUGACCCGGCCCAAUGCUGUUUGCUUCAAUUCUGCAAUUGCUGCUUGCGAAGUGGGCAGAGAGUGGAGCGCAGCACUCACCUUGCUCUCAGGAAUGUCUGCUACAAGCCCGGUUCCAGAUGCGAUCAGCUUCAGCACCAGCGUCAGCGCCUGUGAGAAGUGCUUGCGGUGGGAAUCGGCCCUUGGGCUUUCGAUGUCGGCCGGGCUCAGGGCCGAUGUCGUGAGCGCCAGCGCCGCCAUCAGCGCGGCCGGCAACCGAGGUAUGUGGCACCUCGCCUCGCAGUUCUUCUACGACAUGUCUGCCUCGGAAGCCCAACCCAAUCUCGUCACCUACAGCGCGGUCAUCAGCGCCUUCGCAGCGCAAGGUCAAUGGCAAGCAGCCUUGAGCCCUUUUUUAGAUCACAUGCGGCGGGCACAGCUUUUGCCAAGUGAGAUCAUCUUCAGCACCGGGAUGCUUGCUGCGUGCAGGGCUGUGGAGUGGACCCGGGCGCUUCAGAUGUUGUCUGCCGCGUCUAUAGCUGGACUCGAGCUAACCACCAUAAGCUUCAACACGGGUAUCAGUGCUUGCGACGAGGCCGGACGCUGGAAGGAUGCACUCUGCCUUCUGUACAACAUGGAGACCGCGCAGGUGAGCGAGAUCAGCUUCAAUGCUGCUAUCAGCGCUUGCAACUUCUUGCGCUCAGGGCCGAAACUGCGUGGAAGGCAGAGAGAAUGCCUCUGCAAGCCUCCCCACCCCUUUGCGCUCUAG